UUAUGCACAUCAUUUCUGUAACCUGGAUUCACCACCAGACAUGCCCUUAUAUAAAAAGUAGCCUGGUAGACGAUUAACAUAUUUAAUGCAAGUCUCCUAAGUGUAACCACUGACCGAUUUCGCAUUGUUUGGGGGUACCGGGGAUAUCAGCCGAAUGAGCAGAUACAUAAUUCACCAUAAUUCAGUUUGCCAUGUUAAAUAAACCAAUUUAUUUUUUACAGAAAUAAAGUAAAACGCAAUUUAACAAAUAAAGCAAAACACAAAUCUCUUAAAAGAAAUAUGACGUGUCCGGUGUUAAUGUCAUGCGGCAAACGUGAUGGUUCCAACACGGCGAGACGCAUCUUCGACGUUUUUCGAGGCUUGUGGACGUCUGGUAUUGAGAACACCUGGUUUGAACCGAGAGGCAACACAAACUGACAUUGUUAGAAGAAACUGCGUCACAUCUAUCAGAUUUGGACUAGUGCGACCCUGUUCUGAAAAAAGCUACAUUCUGAUACACAUACUGUAACUAGCUAAAGCUAGCGCGCUAGCCUUCAAAUCAACAAAAUAGAAUCAGACGGAGCAUCAUUGGAGAUGUGCGCAUCCCUCACCCGUCCCCGUUGUUUCCAGUUGGAAAUGUUUUGUGUGUCUGUUUAACCUUAAUGAUCUGACAAAUGACAAACCGCAUCCUCCGAUGUCAUUAUCACAUGCAUCUCGCUAGGAACAUACAAAACGGCCGGCGAACGGAUAUUUGACUGCCAAAAGUGGAGGAUGGAUUUAUCAGGACGGUGAAAUCAGACAUUUGGAAUUGCUGGCUAGGGUGGUCCUGAACAACCAGCAUCGCUAAACGUGACGGGACGACCUCAGCGGGUCCUGUCCAGGAACAGAGCUUCUUCCCGGCAAGGGAGUUCCCACCGGUAGUCUCGUCCCCAGCCAUGGCUUUGGUAACGCUGCAGCGUUCUCCCACCCCUAGCGCUGCGUCCACUGCCAGCACGGCCACCACGAACGCGGGGGAGGACUUUGGAAGCGAUGACGAGCGUCGACUGAACCAGAGCCUGAGCGAGAGCUUCUUCAUGGUGAAGGGCGCCGCCCUCUUCCUGCAGCAGGGCAGCAGUCCUCAGUGCCAGAAGGCCCACCCCCACCACAAACAUGCAGGUGACCUACCUCAGCACCUGCAGGUGAUGAUAAACAUCCUCCGCUCGGAGGACCGCAUCAAACUGGCGGUGCGGUUGGAGAGCGUGUGGUCGGACCGCGUGCGCUACAUGGUGGUGGUCUACACCAGCGGCCGCCAGGACACAGAGGAGAACAUCCUGCUGGGCAUGGACUUCAUCAACAAGGACAGUAAAAGCUGCUCCAUAGGAAUGGUGCUGCCCCUGUGGAGCGACACCAAGAUCCAUCUGGAUGGAGACGGGGGAUUCAGCGUGACGACGGCGGGGCGGACGCACAUCUUCAAACCCGUGUCUGUCCAGGCCAUGUGGUCGGCGCUGCAGAUCCUGCACAAGGCCUGCGAGGUGUCGCGGCGGCACAACUACUUCCCCGGCGGCAUGGCGCUCACCUGGACGGGCUACUACGACAGCUGCAUCGCGUCCGAGCAGAGCUGCAUCAACGAGUGGAACGCCAUGCAGGACCUGGAGUCCACGCGGCCCGACUCGCCCGCCAUGUUCGUCGACAAGCCCACGGAACGGGAGCGGACCGAGUGCCUUAUCAAAGCCAAACUCCGGAGCAUCAUGAUGUUCCAAGAUUUGGAGAAUGUUACCUCCAAGGAGAUCCGCACCGAGCUGGAGCAGCACAUGAACUGCAACCUGAAGGAGUACAAGGAGUUCAUCGACAACGAGAUGCUUCUGAUCCUGGGCCAGAUGGACAAGGCCACGCUCAUCUUCGACCACCUCUACCUGGGAUCUGAGUGGAACGCCUCCAACCUGGAAGAGCUCCAGGACUCAGGCGUGGGGUACAUCCUCAACGUCACGCGGGAGAUCGACAACUUCUUCCCGGGGACCUUCGCCUACCACAACAUUCGGGUGUACGACGAGGAGGCCACGGACCUGCUGGCCCACUGGAACGAGACCUACAACUUCAUCAUGAAAGCCAAGAAGAACCGCUCCAAGUGUCUGGUGCACUGCAAGAUGGGCGUCAGCCGCUCGGCGUCCACGGUGAUCGCCUACGCCAUGAAGGAGUACGGCUGGACGCUGGAGAAGGCCUACGGGUUCGUCAAGCAGAAGAGGAGCAUCACGCGCCCCAACGCAGGCUUCAUGAGGCAGCUGGCCGAGUAUGAGGGCAUCCUGGACGCCAGUAAGCAGAGGCAUAACAAGCUGUGGCGGCCCGAUGCGGACUGCGAGCUGCCGGACGGCCAGCAGGCGUCGGCCCCGAGCUGUGGCCCCGACGGGCCGGGGGACGUGACCCCGGAGCCCGGGGCCCUGCCCUGCGACGAGGCCUGGGGGGGCCAGGGGUGCGGCGCCUCCCCCUGCCGGACCAUCGGGGUGGAGGUGGACCCGGCCGACCCGCCCAACUACAACUACUACUUCCGCCGGCUGUCGGACUCGGCGCUGGACAGCGACCCCUCCACGCCGGUGCGGGCCCCGCCCCUGCUGGACAUGGACCGCGUCUUCAUCGAGAUCGAGGACGUGGAGCGGGACGCGCUGCUGGACGACGAGGGCUUCGAGCGGGACUGCCCGCUGCCCCACUUCGGCGUGCCCAGCGAGGGCACCGCCGCCCAGACCUGCUGCCGCCCGGAGCCCCUGGAGGAGCUCCGCAUGCGGCUGGAGUUCAGCACCGUGGAGGAGGAGGACGAGGAAGAGGCGCAGAAGGAGGAGGCCGAGAUGGAGGCCCUGGCCCGCCCGGGGGGCCGGGUGGGGGGAGUAGGAGUGGGAGGAGUGGGAGGAGUAGGAGGAGUAGGAGGAGGUGGAGGAGGCGGGGGCGAGGAUGGGGGAGGAGAUGAAGGGAUGGCGGAGGAGGAGGAGGAGGAGGAGGAGGAGAGGGAGGAGAGCGGGCCGGACCCCUCUUGCUCUCCCUCUCUGGCCGCCCUCAAUCGCCUUGGCAACGAGAACUCCAACAACAACAACAGCCUCGGCGGGAAACGCAGCUUUGAGGAAACUGCUGGCAUCAAAAACCCUUACAAAUUUAAGCCUUCUUACCAGUCCUGCACUGACUGCAUACAGUCCCCGGCUGUCCAUCAGCGCUGCGAGCCAAUGGCUGUGGACCAUCAUCGCCUUAACCCCGCCCACCCGUUCAGCGCCCCCGGCGUUUCCGCGGAGGUCCCCGGGAUCCCGUUCGCCCCGAGCCUGGCCCCCGGCCCGCCCCCGCCGGGGCUCCUCCCCCGGCCCUGCGGCCCCCGCUGCAGCUCCGCCGGCUGCGGGGCCCCGCCCCUUACCGCCAACGCCCGCCCGGAGGCGUGCCGCCAACGCCAGGCCUCGCCCAUGAGCUGCGAGGAGCCGCCGCCGCCGCCGCUGCCGUCGCCGCGGGAACCGCCCUGCGGCCUGGAGGCCGACGGCAUGAACGAGGCUGAGGAAGAGGAGGAGGAGGAGGAGGAGGAGGAGGAAGGGAAGGAGGAAGGGAAGGCCCCUGGGGGCCCCGUCAGCGAGCUGGCGCUGCUGAAGCUCCACCUGGCGGCGGGAAAGCCGGGCCCCGCCCCGGGCGCCGGCCUCACCGCGCAGCAGGAGUCGCUCAUGCAGCUGCAGCGGGCGGGGCUGGUCCGCAAGCGCACCGAGAAGCUGGAGAAGCUCUCGGGCCUGUCCCAGGAGGCCCCGGGGCCCGCGGCGGCGGCGGCGGUGGUGGCGGGGGGCCCCGAGCAGAUGGACACAGGCCCCGAGGAGGAGGAGGAGGAGGGGGCGGGGGCAGAGGCGGAGGAGGACAUGGAGGUGGACUGCGGCGCCCUGGCCCCGCCCUUCCCCCCCGGCCCCGCCCACGGCCACGCGCACGCGCUCACGCAGGAGCUCCUGAAGAGCGCGUCGGGCGGGCUGACGCCGGCCUCGUCGCCGCACGGCUCGGCGCUGACCCGCAGCUCCAGCAGCGACAGCCUCCGCAGCGUGCGGGGGAAGCCCGGCCUGGUGCGGCAGCGCGCCCAGGAGAUCGAGGCCCGCAUGCGGCUGGCCGGCCUCACCCUGCCCUCCCGCCUCAAGCGCUCCAACUCGCUGGCCAAGCUGGGCAGCCUCACCUUCUCCUCCGAGGACCUCACCUCCGCCGCCGACGCCGGCCGCCUCCUCCUCCUCCUCCCCUCCUCCUCCUCUUCCUCCCCCCCCGAGCGGGAGUGGCUGCCCCCGGCAGGGGGGGGGCCCCGCCUCAAAGCCGACCCCGCUGCCAGCCCCCCGUUUCAGGACCCCAGGAGCUGACCCUGUGGGGCGUAACGAGCGAGGGGGGGGGCGGGGGGGGGGACAAUGCGCGGGGACAAUCCCGUCAGCGAGACACAGCAUGGGACGAGGGGAGUGGGGAGGCCUCCACGAAAAGAAUAAUGUAAUAAACAUGUAUAUAGAUAUAUAUAUACGUUUAAAUAUUAUAAAUAUAUAUUAAUAUACUUCCACAUCAUAUUUAAGAGAAGAAGAAAAAAAAACAUCCAAAUCUUGUCGAUAGGUGGUUUCUGGUUUGUAGGCUUUUCUUGCAUGAAGCUCCAUGAAUGUGUGUGCAAGUGAACCUCGUGUGGAAGGGCCCGUGCGUAGCUACCGAUGAAAGGGCAUUCAUUUCCCCUGCCGACUUCCUGCUUCUGGCCGCCCGGUCAUCUGAGAAUACACACAUUUUUAACGUAAACCCGCUUCCCACAGUACUUUUGAAAUGGACUGGGUUAAAAAAGAAAGAAAAAAAAGAACAGUAUUUCACUGAGAUUACUCCCUCCUCAACUCCCCCCUCCGAUCAAGACGGUUUUUAUUGACGCUUAUAAUCCAAUCAAGGUUUAUUUAUUUAUUUCCCCCUCCCCCUGUUUCAGGUACGACGUUUUGUUUUGCGUCUUGGGAAAUGUAGUCCAUUCACAGCAGCACCGCGGGAGAUGAUGAGUAACACUGUAGGCUUCGCGGUUUUUGGACACGCUCACCGGUUUGGAGAGAGAAAACGGGAACAGGGGCUUAACCACAGGAGCCGGCCUGCUGAAACGCCUCCAUUUCCCAGGGUUCAUUGCACCUCACACCACCGGCCUGCCUCCUUUACAGGAACCACCAACGUCACCCCACCGUCGUCUGGAUCUUCGGACAGGACUGCAAAUACCGUUUUUUUUUGUUGUUUUUUUUGUUAGGGGUGCAAAACUGCUCCGAGUUACAGAAGGAACUAUUACGGGCCUCUUUGUUUUUUUUGUUUUUUUGUUUUGUCCGCCGAUGCUCAGCGACCGGUGCUGCUCAGUCGUUGGCAGUUCCAUGGUUCCGGAAUCCUGCGGAGCAGGACAAACUACUGAGCGCCAAGGUUCCUGAAACACAACAUCUCAACUGCUCUCGAAAUAUGUUUGAUAAGGUCAGCAGGUCCCUCGAAGGCCAAAAGUCCCUCCGGUGAAACUUGUUUUGAGUACCAAUGAAGGUCUUUUGAUUUAGUCAGUUUAACCAGUAUAAAGAUGUAUUUUUUAAGGUCACUGCUUCUUAUUGGGGGGGAAAAAUGCCUAAAUUGGAAACUAUGACACAAGGCACAUUAAAUUACAUUGUUUGUCACUUUAUUGCCUCCAAUCUGGGCAUGACAUUGCAAGUUGAUUAUCUUGUAUUUAUCUUGAUAAAGUUAUUUUUCAGAUAUCAAGUUUAAAACUUUCAACAUAUCAUUAUAUUUGGAAACGAUAAAUGGGAAAAAAAAAGUUCUUUACUGGGACAAAAUUGACUAAAUUAAAUGAUAACAGAGGGACUAGAUGGGUGUCUUCGAGGAAGCCACCGGCAGUCUUUCUGUCGAUAAACCGCAACAUUUAGGGACACUCUCGAUCAAACCGUCAAAGCCAUUCCACAUUUACAGCAGGAGAGAUUUGAAGUUGCCUCACAUUUUUAUUUUUAUUAUUCUUAUUAUUAUUAUUAUUAUUUUUUAAAAUUAAAACAAAGUGGCCAAUGCCUUCAUCUUCCCGGGAUACCUGGGUAGCCUAGCUUCCAGCCUCUUCCUUGUCACUGGAGUUAGGGCGGCGGUUUUGUACCGGACCCCCUCGCCUCCGUACGCUUGCUCGGUGAAGACGAAGGGUAGUAACUUCUCCUCAUCCCAUGUUGUGCCGUCGCCAUACCGACACAUCCUCAGAGCUCUGUUCUGUCCCACGAUUCCUUUUUCCCCGUCUCCGCGGCAGACCCCCCGGGACCCAUUCUACCUCUCGAUCGGUCGGCACGGGCGCCAUUUUGGAAUUUUCCCCCCACUGCUGUUGGCGGAGAGAAACGGGUCGUGGCUGGACCGGCCAAUCGGUGGCGUGCAGACCCGUCCAGUGUCACUUUAAUCAGCUGUAUGUGACUCCUGGACUGAGACAUGAGUACUGUCAGCAGAGCCGCCAUUUUAAAUCAGCUACACUGGAUUAGGCCCGGGCGAGAUGGCGCGAGAAAGCAGAGAAAGCGUUACUCGCGUGCGCUGCUCUCUUUCUCCACACACUCCAUCGCUUCAUCACAAUCUGCGUUUCUUUGUUGGUGGUCGAUCAACAAAGUAGAACUCACCCCCCCCCCCCCCGCCCCUUCCAAACUGUUCUGUUUUGCUUCUCCCGGUUCAGUUCUGUGGGGCGAGAGGGUCGUCACAUUACCUCCUCCUGGUAGAGGAAAAAGGUGAAAGAUUUGGCGUGCGUGGUCGAGCGGGUUCCCUGCUUUUGGUGAAGGGGGGGCGGGCGGGCGGCUGUGGGGGGGCCCGCGUUCCAUACCCGCUUUUCCUGUGUGUUGCUCUGUGUGUCAGGAGAACCCGGCGCUCUGUCUCCAGCUGUGCUUCUCUGACCGCGGGAUCGGGGGCCUGCAGGUCUGGUCUCAGCCCCGGGGCGCUGUGGUCAAAGAGCCCUUUUUACCGAGCUGUUCCUGCCGCCCGUCUCUCACCAGGACCGAGUGCCGGUGCAUUGAAAACUAUCACCUCGUUUGGGCCGGGCCUAGGUCGCGUAGGGAGAGCAGGAAGGGGGGGGUUCACGGUGAGUCCAUUAUCGGAUCUUUACAACACUUGCAGCUAUUUGGUUGGAUUGGACAGGUUUGAACCGCAAUGCUGUGGGUCAAACCUUGUGGAACGGCCUGGGAGAUGGGGGACAUUAUGUCUUAUUAUGUUUGUCUGUUUCAUCUUCUCGCAAACGUUUACACGGAAUCUUAAAAUGUCCGACUGCUGACACUUCGGAACGGAAUUCUCCCGUCUGUGAUGUCACAAGUGCCGCCAGAUAUCCACAGCCCAUCCCUCACUUCCUCCUCAGUGCGCACUCUCUGUGUGUCCCUGUUCACGGUGUGUCAUUCCAACUGUAAGUUAUCCACGUCAACCGAAUUUAUUUAUUUUGGGGGGUUUGUUUUUUUAAUUUAUUUGAAUGAAUUAGUACAUAAUAUGCAAGUCUGUUUUGUAUACAACCUAAUGCUAUUCUGCCA